CCAGCCAGCUGACUGGCUUUUUUUUAUUUAUUUCAUUUAAUUUACAAAAGUUUAGAAAAGCACCAACGGAAGCCAUGUAUUCCGAGGACGAAUUACUCUUUCGCAACUUCCAGCAGUUGAAGAGCUACAAACUGGACGACGAAAAGUCCUCCACCACCACGUCCAGGGAGCAGCAAAAAACAGAGACUUCGGUAGAGAAAUGCUUCGACCGGUUCGAGGAAUUGCAGUCCUCUCAUCCACGACUCACCCAAUUUUUCCGGCUAGAGCAUCAGUAUUAUCUGGACGCAAUGCUGCGCCGGCUCCCCUCGAACUACGAGUGCCUAGACAGCAGUCGGCCAUGGUGCGUCUACUGGAUACUGCAGGCAGCCCAGUUGCUUAGCUUCAACUUCGACGACGAAACCCUCGACAGGGUCGUACAGUUUCUCAGCAAAUGCCGAGCUCCAACGGGCGGUUUUGGCGGCGGACCAGGACAGUUCGCCCACCUGGCACCCACAUAUGCGGCGGUCAACAGCCUCUGCAUUAUUGGCACCAAGAACGCUUAUCGCGCCAUCGAUCGUCCGACCCUUGUGCAGUUUCUGUUCAGUGUUCGCCAGCCGGAUGGCUCGUUCCGGCUCCAUGUGGAUGGGGAGACGGAUGUGCGCGGCGCGUACUGUGCCAUCUCCUGCGCCAAGCUGCUGAACCUUCCGGAACUGGUGAUGAAGGAACUCUUCACCGGCACUGGGGAUUGGAUUGCCAAGUGCCAGACGUACGAGGGAGGAUUUGGCGGCGCCCCCGAACUGGAGGCCCAUGGGGGCUACACUUUCUGUGGCAUUGCAGGCCUGGCGCUGCUGAACGAGGCGCACAAGUGCAACAAGAAGGCGCUGCUCCAUUGGACACUGCUGCGUCAGAUGAGCUACGAGGGAGGGUUCCAGGGUCGAACCAAUAAACUGGUCGAUGGCUGCUACUCCUUUUGGGUGGGCGCCACCAUACCCAUAACACAGGCGACGCUCUCUGGCGGCGAUAAGGAGAUGGAACACACACUGUUUGACGUUGAGGCCCUACAGGAAUACAUUCUAAUCUGCUGCCAGAAGCAAAACGGUGGUCUGAUCGAUAAGCCCGGCAAGCCACAAGAUCUCUAUCAUACAUGCUAUACCCUAAGCGGCGUCUCCAUUGCCCAGCACUCGGAGUCCGCCAGUUGUCCACAAGUCCUGGGCGACACCAUCAACGAACUGCUACCCACCCAUCCAUUGUUCAACAUCCCACCGAAGUCUGUGGCGGCGGCCAUCAGCCACUUCAACAAUUCCAAUGACACAGAUUUUGCCAGCCCCUCCGAUAGUACCUGUCGAGGUGUGUCAGAACAGGAUAGUUAGAGUGUCGGAGUACAUAUAUAAAAACUUUCUACCGCCUUUAGAUGAUUCAAAAUUAUACAUUUUACAAAAACUA